CCAGCCUCUCUGUUUUGUUUACAUGUCGAGAGUGAGAGGUGAUCUGAAAGUGAAAUAAUACAGACUUUUUCAUAUUGUCGUCAUUACAGAGUAAGGAGCACUAUGGAAGACGAUGAUGAUAUAAGACUACUUCUAGAGUGGACAGACCACACACAAGUUCUUAGAAGGGUCAUGUCAACUUUGCGUCAUAAGGAACUGUUUGCUGAUGUUACAUUGAUUUGUGGUGAGAAACGUUAUGCUGUUCACAAGUUUGUCCUAUGCACUAGUAGUCCAUACUUUGAAAAGCUGCUUGAGUGCACACCAUGUGACAAUCCAGUGUUGGUCCUCACAGAGACCCCACCUGAGACGGUAGAGGUGUUACUUGACUUUAUGUACCUUGGCCAGGCAGAUCUAAGUUCUGAUAAUCUGGAUCGACUUCUUGAUCUUGCCCAUGAGUUCAAAAUUAGAGGACUGAUAAACCCAAAGGAUGAUCUAGAAAGACAAGUGAAGAAAGAGGAAAUGGAGGUGACUGAUGAUCCAGUGAAGGAAGAAACUAUAGAUGAGACAACAGUAUUGGAUGUUCCAGAAAACCCUCCACCCUCACAGGGCUAUCAAGAGAAGAGGACUGAUGAGAAUGGUAAAGUUUUGGAUAAAACUAAUUUGAUAGAAAUAGGGAGUGGAAGAACUACUAACAUUUAUGUAUGUACAGAGUGUAAUAAGGUGUUUAAGAGACCAGACCUUCUAGAAAUGCAUAAGUUGAGCCAUAUUGAAGCAAAACUCUUAUCCUGUCCUGAGUGCCCAUACAGGAGUCUUAGUCAAGCCAAAUUGAAUAUUCAUAUCGUACAACAUUGUAAAGCAAGGCCAUAUGCUUGUCCUUACUGCUCAGCUCGCCAUUUGUAUGAAAAACAACAUGUCACACACCAGAGGAAAGCUCAUCCCAAAAAGAAGGUUAUUAUUGAUGUUCCCCCAAUAAGAAGAUCACGGGAUGCUCAUAAAAUGAAAAAUCGACUCAGUUAUGAAAGUAUCACAUCAUCACCACCACCAUCACCACCAGUGAACAAUAGCAAACCUUCAGAAACUGACAUGUCACCAUUACCUGCAUCAGAGACCAAGAGAAGCAGCCAUAUAAGCCCUUCACCAUCACCAACAGCAAAGGUUCUUAACAGUCCAAAAUCCAGUGCUUCCUCAUCACCUCCAUCAAAAGUUCCUGAAUUCACCAUCAUGUCACCGUCACCACCACCACCAGACUGGCCAAGACAUACAAGAUCCAAUUCUUCAUCACCUCCAUUAAAAGUUCGUAUAGUCAGAAGGGGGAACAUGUCACCAACACCUCCACCUCCACCAAAGAAUCCCAAAAAAUCUAGUUCCAGGGGCUCAUCAUCAUCACCAUCACCAAGAAAAGUUCGAAGAAGCAGUAGGGUGGUCACAUCCCCAUCACCUCAACUGAACCUGCCAAAGGAUUAUCGAUCUAGCUCGUCUUCCUCACCACCAUCAAAAAUCAGGCGAGUGAAAAGGUUGAGCAUAUCACCUUCCCCACCAUUAGAGUUCUCAAGGAGUUCUAGCUCAUGUUCUUCCUAUGCAUCUAAAACUCCUGAGUACAGUCCUUCACCCUCACCACCACCACCCAAGGUUUUAAGAAGCUCAAGAACUAAUACUCUGACUGGAUCCUUGAGACGUAAAUCUCGAGAGAAGUGAUAAGUACUGUACACUAUAGAGAAAGUGGUGAUUGAAAGAGCAUAUUUUCGUAAGUUUAUUAAUUAAUGUUCUUUUUUAUGAUCUUUUUUUUAUCUCAUACAAACAAUACCUAGUUCAUCACAUAAGAGAAUUUAAUGUUCAGUUUCCAAGAGCUCAAAUUCAAUAUCAACUAGUCAUAAUUAAGUUUGGUGAGAAUAGGAUAUACAGUACAGUACUGUCCUGUAUAUAAUAAUUUUUAUCAACAUUUACAGUUUGCAUAUACCUGUACAGUACAGUAUAAAAA